UAAAUCGCAGUAAACGGUGUGCGUCGUCGGUAGCAAUUGAAUGAGAAGGGAAAGUAUGUUUCAAUCGAAAGUCGCGUUGUUCCGUUAAUAUGACUCGAGCUUAGGCGACGAUACGCGAGUCGAUAAAUGUAUCUGCGCCCAUACGCAUUUCCAGUGCAAGUGAUGUUUAUCUGUAAAAUGCAGAAAUAUGAUAUUAUGUGAAAUAAGAGCAGUAUAUGUUUACUAUGAAGAUUAAAAAAUAUGUAACUCCUGUAAAAAGAAAAGCUUUCACCAUACUCCAAUGGAUUUCACUACUGUGUAGUCUAUGGUUGAUCCCCACUGUACAAAGCAAGGCCGAUGAGAAGCACACGGCGACCCUGGAGUAUAGACUAGAGAACCAACUGCAAGAUCUAUAUAGGUUUAGCCAUAGUGUAUAUAAUGUUACCAUACCAGAAAAUAGUCUGGGCAAGACUUACGCCAAGGGAGUAUUGCAUGAAAGACUGGCCGGCCUGAGAGUUGGCUUGAACGCAGAGGUUAAGUAUAGGAUAAUUAGUGGCGAUAAGGAGAAGCUAUUUAAGGCCGAGGAGAAACUGGUCGGAGAUUUUGCCUUCUUAGCGAUUCGAACGCGGACAAAUAACGUUGUGCUAAACAGAGAAAAAACUGAGGAAUACGUUAUAAGAGUGAAGGCACAUGUACAUUUGCACGACCGAAAUGUAUCAAGCUAUGAAACGGAGGCGAAUAUCCACAUCAAAGUACUGGAUCGCAAUGACCUGAGUCCGCUGUUUUAUCCGACCCAGUACACCGUUGUUAUUCCGGAGGACACGCCCAAAUAUCAAAGUAUUUUAAAGGUCACAGCUGACGAUGCUGACCUCGGCAUCAAUGGGGAAAUCUACUACAGCCUCCUGAUGGAUAGUGAAUACUUUGCUAUCCAUCCAACAACUGGCGAAAUUACUCUCCUGCAGCAGCUUCAGUAUGCGGAGAACUCGCACUUCGAGCUCACGGUGGUGGCCUACGAUCGGGGAUCAUGGGUGAACCAUCAGAACCACCAGGCCAGCAAGACGAAGGUUAGUAUUUCGGUGAAACAGGUUAACUUUUACGCUCCAGAGAUUUUCACGAAAACCUUCUCGAGCGUGACGCCAACAUCAAACCCUUUGAUUUAUGGAAUUGUACGAGUAAACGACAAAGACACUGGGAUAAAUGGCAACAUAGGGCGAUUGGAAAUCGUCGAUGGAAAUCCGGAUGGCACGUUUCUUCUGAAGGCGGCGGAGACCAAAGACGAGUACUACAUCGAAUUGAAUCAGUUUGCCCAUCUUAACCAGCAACAUUUCAUUUACAACUUAACCCUACUGGCGGAGGACCUCGGAACUCCCCGUCGAUUCGCCUACAAAUCCGUUCCGAUUCAAAUCAAGCCCGAGAGCAAAAAUAUACCCAUAUUCACACAGGAGAUUUACGAAGUAUCCAUUCCAGAAACGGCACCCAUUAACAUGCCUGUGAUAAGGCUCAAAGUAAGCGAUCCAGAUUUGGGCAAAAAUGCAUUGGUCUACUUGGAAAUCGUGGGUGGAAAUGAGGGCGACGAGUUCCGAAUUAAUCCCGAUUCGGGAAUGUUGUACACAGCAAAGCAACUGGAUGCCGAAAAGAAGUCAAGUUAUACCUUAACAGUCUCCGCCAUUGAUCAGGCAAAUGUUGGGUCGCGGAAACAAUCUUCAGCCAAGGUGAAAAUCAGCGUACAGGAUAUGAACGACAAUGAUCCCAUUUUUGAGAAUGUCAAUAAGGUCAUUAGUAUCAAUGAGAACAACUUGGCUGGCUCGUUUGUUGUGAAGCUUACUGCCAAGGACAGGGAUUCUGGUGAAAAUUCAUACAUAUCGUAUAGUAUUGCCAAUCUAAAUGCGGUUCCAUUUGAAAUCGAUCACUUUAGCGGUAUAGUUAAGACCACAUCACUGCUUGACUUUGAAACAAUGAAGCGUAACUAUGAGCUGAUAAUCCGUGCAUCCGAUUGGGGAUUGCCGUACAGAAGACAGACGGAAAUCAAACUGUCCAUCGUCGUCAAGGAUAUCAACGAUAAUCGGCCGCAGUUUGAACGUGUGAACUGCUAUGGCAAAGUGACCAAAUCGGCGCCGAUGGGCACCGAGGUAUUCGUUACCUCAGCCAUUGACUUUGAUGCAGGCGAUAUAAUAUCCUAUAGGUUGAGCGACGGCAACGAGGAUGGCUGCUUUAACUUGGACCCCACAUCGGGUUCCCUGUCUAUUUCCUGCGACCUGAAGAAAACAACCUUAACAAACCGUAUUCUCAAAGUUUCCGCCACGGACGGCACCCACUUUUCCGAUGACUUGAUCAUCAAUGUACACCUAAUGCCCGAAGAUUUGGGUGGAGAUUCCAGUAUUCUACAUGGUUUUGGAUCCUUUGAGUGCCGGGAAACCGGCGUGGCCAGGAGAUUGGCGGAAACAUUAUCGUUGGCCGAAAAAAACAAUGUAAAGAGUGCAUCGCCAUCCGUUUUCAGUGACUUGUCUCUAACACCCAGUCGAUAUGGCCAAAAUGUGCAUAGACCAGAGUUCGUGAACUUCCCUCAGGAGCUGUCCAUUAACGAAAGUGUCCAAUUGGGCGAAACAGUUGCUUGGAUAGAGGCCAAAGAUCGCGAUUUGGGCUACAAUGGAAAGCUGGUAUUUGCAAUUUCAGACGGGGACUACGAUUCGGUUUUUCGUAUUGAUCCAGACCGCGGUGAACUGCAGAUUAUUGGAUAUUUGGAUAGAGAGCGUCAAAAUGAAUAUGUUCUCAACAUCACCGUCUACGAUCUGGGUAACCCGACCAAAUCGACGUCAAAAAUGUUGCCAAUAACGAUCCUCGACGUGAACGAUAAUCGCCCGGUUAUUCAGAAGACGUUGGCCACCUUCCGGCUGACUGAGAGCGCCAGGAUAGGAACUGUGGUACACUGCCUUCAUGCCACGGAUGCGGAUUCUGGAAUCAAUGCUCAGGUGACAUAUGCCCUGUCGGUUGAGUGCAGCGAUUUCACAGUAAAUGCUACUACGGGAUGUCUUCGUCUGAACAAACCACUGGAUCGCGAGAAGCAGGAUAACUACGCUCUUCACAUAACUGCCAAGGAUGGUGGCAGUCCCGUGCUAUCCUCGGAGGCAUUGGUUUACGUCCUGGUCGACGAUGUCAACGACAACGCGCCCGUUUUCGGAGUGCAAGAGUACAUAUUUAAGGUGCGCGAAGAUCUGCCCCGUGGAACAGUGUUGGCCGUAAUCGAGGCGGUGGACGAAGAUAUUGGACCCAAUGCCGAGAUCCAAUUCUCUUUGAAAGAGGAGACCCAGGAUGAGGAACUAUUCAGAAUCGAUAAGCACACGGGUGCAAUUAGGACUCAAGGAUAUCUGGACUAUGAGAACAAACAAGUGCACAACCUUAUUGUCAGUGCCAUCGAUGGCGGAGAUCCCUCUCUAACUUCGGACAUGUCCAUCGUAAUAAUGAUCAUCGACGUCAACGAGAACCGAUUUGCGCCCGAAUUCGACGACUUUGUGUACGAGGGAAAGGUAAAGGAGAACAAGCCGAAGGGAACGUUCGUAAUGAAUGUCACAGCACGGGAUAUGGACACGGUGGACCUGAACUCCAAGAUCACGUACUCAAUAACAGGUGGCGAUGGACUGGGAAUUUUUGCGGUUAACGACCAAGGUUCAAUAACUUCCUUGUCGCAACUCGAUGCGGAGACGAAAAACUUUUACUGGCUGACGCUCUGUGCACAGGAUUGCGCAAUAGUUCCCCUCAGCAAUUGUGUGGAAGUUUACAUACAAGUCGAAAACGAAAACGAUAACAUUCCUCUUACGGACAAACCAGUGUACUACGUUAAUGUCACGGAAGCCAGUGUGGAAAAUGUGGAGAUCAUUACCCUAAAGGCUUUCGAUCCCGAUAUAGAUCCCACUCAGACUAUAACAUAUAACAUAGUUUCCGGAAAUCUUGUCGGGUACUUUGAAAUUGAUUCGAAAACAGGAGUGAUUAAGACGACAGAACGCAAAUUGGAUAGAGAAAAUCAAGCGGAACAUAUUUUGGAGGUGGCUAUAUCAGAUAACGGAUCUCCAGUACUAUCUUCUACAUCGCGAAUCGUUGUGUCAGUACUGGAUAUUAACGAUAACAGCCCCGAGUUUGACCAAAGGGUCUACAAGGUGCAAGUUCCGUCUUCAGCCACAGUCAAUCAAUCUAUUUUUCAGGUUCACGCUAUCGACAGCGACAGUGGCGAAAAUGGUCGAAUUACCUACUCAAUUAAGUCCGGAAAGGGUAAGAAUAAAUUUCGCAUCGAUAGCCAAAGGGGCCAUAUACAUAUAGCAAAACCAUUGGACUCCGACAAUGAGUUUGAGAUUCACAUCAAGGCUGAGGACAACGGAAUUCCUAAAAAGAGUCAAACUGCUAGAGUUAAUAUUGUUGUAGUUCCUGUAAAUCCUAAUUCCCAAAAUGCACCGUUGAUAGUCAGAAAGACAUCCGAAAAUGUCGUUGAUCUUACGGAAAAUGACAAGCCUGGAUUUUUGGUCACUCAAAUUUUAGCUGUCGAUGAUGACAACGACCAGCUGUGGUACAACAUUUCCAAUGGCAAUGACGACAAUACCUUUUACAUUGGCCAAGACAACGGAAACAUACUGCUUUCAAAAUAUUUGGACUACGAGACCCAACAGUCCUAUAAUCUGACUAUCAGCGUCACUGAUGGCACAUUCACAGCGUUUACUAAUCUUUUGGUUCAAGUGAUCGAUAUUAAUGACAACCCCCCUCAGUUCGCUAAAGAUGUGUAUCAUGUCAAUAUAUCCGAAAAUAUUGAAGAGGAAUCAGUUAUAAUGCAACUCCACGCCACUGACAGAGAUGAGGACAAGAAGCUAUUCUAUCACCUGCACGCAACUCAGGAUCCGUCGUCGCUGGCAUUGUUCCGAAUCGAUUCCAUAAGUGGAAAUGUCAUUGUCACUCAGAGAUUGGAUUUUGAAAAGACUGCGCAGCAUAUACUCAUCGUUUUUGUUAAGGAUCAAGGAGCGCCUGGAAAAAGAAACUAUGCCAAGAUAAUUGUAAACGUGCAUGACCACAACGACCAUCAUCCAGAAUUUACUGCUAAAAUAAUUCAAAGUAAGGUUCCCGAAAGCGCAGCUAUUGGCUCUAAGUUAGCCGAAGUGAGGGCCAUAGAUAGAGAUAGUGGUCACAAUGCCGAGAUCCAGUACUCGAUUAUCACGGGUAACGUGGGUAGUGUGUUUGAGAUUGAUCCGACUUUCGGUAUAAUCACAUUGGCUGGCAACUUGAAUAUCAACAAGAUCCAGGAGUACAUGCUUCAAGUGAAGGCCGUAGAUCUGGGAAAUCCACCGCUGUCAUCGCAGAUUCCGGUACACAUCAUUGUCACCAUGUCCGAGAACGAUCCUCCGAAGUUCCCAACCAACAACAUUGCCAUUGAAAUAUUCGAAAACCUGCCCAUCGGAACAUUUGUUACUCAAGUCACCGCUCGGUCGUCGUCAUCCAUAUUCUUCAAUAUUAUUUCCGGCAACAUCAACGAAAGCUUCCGCAUUAACCCAUCUACUGGAGUUAUUGUUAUCAAUGGAAAUAUCGACUAUGAAUCCAUCAAAGUAUUCAACCUUACGGUUAAAGGAACCAAUAUGGCAGCCGAGUCAUCCUGCCAAAAUAUAAUUAUACAUAUCCUAGAUGCUAACGAUAAUAUUCCGUAUUUCGUUCAAAAUGAAUAUGUUGGAGCAUUACCCGAAUCCGCCGCUAUUGGAUCUUACGUACUGAAAGUACACGACUCAUCAAAAGAUCAUUUAACAUUACAAGUUAAGGAUGCGGAUGUCGGAGUAAACGGAAUGGUUGAAUACCACAUAGUUGACGAUCUGGCAAAAAACUUUUUUAAAAUAGAUUCGACAACUGGCGCUAUUGAACUGUUACGACAAUUGGACUAUGAAACAAACGCUGGUUAUACCUUUGACGUUACGGUUAGUGAUAUGGGAAAGCCCAAACUACAUUCCACUACAACUGCACAUGUGACGAUUCGUGUCAUAAAUGUUAACGAUUGUCCUCCAGUAUUUAAUGAGCGUGAACUCAAUGUAACUUUGUUCCUUCCAACUUUUGAGAAUGUGUUUGUAAGACAAGUUAGCGCAAAGGAUGCUGAUAACGAUACCUUAAGGUUUGAUAUUGUGGAUGGAAACACCAACGAAUGUUUCCAGAUCGAAAAAUACACCGGAAUAAUUACAACACGAAAUUUUGAAAUACUAAAUAACGAAAAUGAUCGGGACUAUGCCUUGCACGUCCGUGCCUCCGACGGAAUUUUCUCUGCAAUUUUAAUAGUUAAAAUUAAGGUUUUGUCCGCCAUCGAUUCGAAUUUCGCAUUCCAACGUGAAUCGUACAGAUUUUCUGCAUUUGAAAAUAACACAAAGGUAGCUACCAUUGGAUUGGUGAACGUAAUAGGAAACACACUGGACGAAAACGUUGAGUAUCGCAUCCUGAACCCAACACAAUUGUUUGAUAUUGGAAUCAGUUCGGGAGCCCUAAAAACCACUGGAGUUAUUUUCGAUCGCGAAGUAAAGGAUUUGUACAGACUCUUCGUGGAAGCAAAGUCAAUGCUAUACGACGGCAUGAAUUCAAAUGUUCGCAGAGCAGUAACGUCCAUAGAUAUAUCCGUCUUGGAUGUGAACGACAAUUGCCCCUUGUUUGUCAAUAUGCCCUAUUAUGCCACAGUCUCUAUUGACGAUCCAAAAGGAACGAUUAUUAUGCAGGUCAAGGCCAUUGACUUGGACAGUGCAGAAAACGGCGAAGUUCGGUACGAACUUAAGAAGGGCAAUGGGGAGUUGUUCAAACUGGACCGCAAAUCUGGGGAGUUAUCCAUAAAGCAGCAUGUCGAAGGUCAUAACCGAAACUAUGAAUUGACAGUGGCUGCCUAUGAUGGCGCCAUAACACCAUGCUCCUCGGAAGCUCCUCUGCAGGUUAAGGUUAUAGAUCGUUCGAUGCCCGUUUUUGAAAAGCAGUUUUAUACUGUUAGCGUCAAGGAAGACGUGGAAAUGUACUCAGCCCUUUCCGUAUCCAUUGAAGCAGAAAGUCCCCUGGGAAGGAGUUUAAUUUACACAAUAUCUUCCGAGAGUCAAUCGUUUGAAAUUGAUUACAACACGGGAUCAAUUUUUGUCGUAAAUGAAUUGGAUUACGAGAAAAUAAGCUCACACGAUGUUUCCAUUCGAGCGACUGACAGUCUUUCUGGUGUUUAUGCUGAAGUCGUUUUAUCUGUUUCCAUUAUGGAUGUCAAUGACUGCUAUCCAGAAAUUGAGAGUGAUAUAUACAACCUAACCAUUCCGGAAAAUGCAUCGUUUGGAACACAAAUUCUGAAGAUUAAUGCAACUGAUAACGACUCGGGAGCAAAUGCAAAACUUUCCUAUUACAUUGAGUCCAUUAAUGGGCAAAAUAAUUCAGAACUGUUUUACAUUGACGUCACAGACGGAAAUCUGUAUUUAAAGACUCCAUUGGACUAUGAACAAAUCAAGUAUCAUCAUAUAGUCGUUAACGUAAAGGACCAUGGAUCGCCAUCAUUAAGUUCCCGAUCAAACGUAUUUAUAACAGUUAAAGACUUAAACGACAACGCUCCAUGUUUCGUUGAGCCGUCGUACUUCACCAAAGUGUCAGUGGCAGCUGUUCGUGGACAAUUUGUUGCUUUACCUAAAGCAUACGAUAAGGAUAUUUCCGAUACCGAUUCUCUGGAAUACAAAAUUGUUUACGGAAAUGAAUUGCAAACCUAUAGUAUUGAUAAGCUAACAGGAGUGAUUUCCCUUCAAAAUAUGUUAAAUUUCACUGAUAAAAGUAGCACAGUCUUGAAUAUUUCCGUCUCCGAUGGAGUUCAUACGGCAUAUGCCCGGCUCAAAAUAUCCUUAUUGCCAGAAAACGUUUACAGUCCACUGUUUGAUCAAAGUACUUAUGAGGCUCAAGUACCUGAAAACUUGCUACACGGUCAUAAUAUAAUCACGGUAAAAGCAUCGGAUGGAGACUUUGGCACCUACGCCAAUCUUUACUACGAAAUAGUUUCGGAGGAAAUGAAAAAAAUCUUUCUCAUCGACCAAACGACGGGUGUAAUAACCUCAAAAGUAACUUUCGACCGUGAAAAAAAGGAUGAGUACGUGGUGCUACUGAAGGUGUCCGACGGUGGCGGAAAAUUCGGAUUUGCCUCUCUCAAGGUCAUAGUCGUCGACGUGAACGAUAACGUUCCUUACUUCCUAUUGAAGGAAUACAAAAUGGUUGUUAGCACAACAGUGGAAGCAAACCAAACUAUCCUGACGGUCAAAGCCAAAGACGACGAUAUUGUUGAUAAUGGAUCGGUGCAUUUCCAAAUUGUUCAAAAAUCCAACGAUAAGGCAGUAAAGGAUGUAAUCGAAAUCAACGAGAAAACUGGGGAUAUUGUGUUUAAAAGCAAGGCGGAAUCUUACGGAGUGAACUCAUAUCAGUUUUUCGUUCGCGCUUCCGAUCGCGGUGAACCUCAAUUUCAUUCGGAAGUUCCAGUGUCAAUCGAAAUAAUCGAGACUGAUGCCAAUAUUCCCACUUUUGAGAAAUCGUCAGUUCUACUAAAGAUCAUAGAGUCAACGCCACCAGGAACCGUGCUAACGAAGCUACAUAUGAUUGGAAACUAUACGUUCAAAUUCUCAAUAGCAGCGGAUCAGGAUCACUUCAUGAUAUCCGAUAGUGGUGAACUGAUCCUUCAGCAGACAUUGGACAGGGAGCAGCAAGAGUCGCACAAUUUGAUUGUAGUGGCGGAAACUUCCACGGUUCCCGUUUUUUUCGCCUACGCUGAUGUUUUGAUUGACGUUAGGGACGAAAAUGAUAACUAUCCCAAGUUUGACAACACAUUCUACAGUGCCAGUGUUGCGGAAAACAGUGAAAAGGUGAUAUCCUUGGUGAAAGUAUCGGCCACAGAUGCGGACACUGGGCCAAAUGGCGACAUUCGCUACUACUUGGAAAGUGAUACUGAAAACAUUCAAAAUAUUUUUGACAUUGACAUUUACUCUGGCUGGAUCACCUUGCUAACCUCCUUGGACAGAGAAGUUCAGUCCGAGUACAAUUUCAAAGUAAUUGCUGCCGAUAAUGGCCACCCAAAGCAUGAUGCAAAAGUACCUGUAACUAUCAAAAUCGUAGACUAUAAUGAUAACGCACCAGUAUUUAAGUUGCCUAUCGAAGGGCUUUCUGUUUUCGAAAACGCGCUGCCUGGCACGGUUUUAAUCAACUUACUCCUAAUUGAUCCCGAUAUCGAGAAACAGGAAAUGGAUUUCUUUAUCGUUUCUGGGGACAAGCAAGCCCAGUUUCAGAUCGGUAAGAGCGGAGAGUUAUUUAUUGCCAAACCAUUAGAUCGCGAACAACUCAUGUUCUACAACUUAAGCAUAAUAGCCACUGAUGGAAAAUUCACUGCCAAAGCCAAUGUGGAAAUAGAUGUAAAAGACAUAAACGACAAUACGCCUUACUGCCUAAAACCCCGCUAUCAUAUCUCCACUAAUGAAUCAAUCUCGAUUGGAACUACACUCGUUGAGGUCAAGGCGAUUGACUUUGAUUUUCAAAGCAAACUGCGCUUCUAUCUUUCGGGCAAAGGUGCGGACGACUUCAGUAUAGGAAAGGAAAGUGGCAUCCUGAAGGUGGCAAGCGCACUGGAUCGGGAGACAACCCCCAAGUACAAAUUGGUCGCACAUGUACAGGAUGGCAAGGACUUUACGCAAGAGUGUUUCUCGGAAAUAAUCAUCACGGUCAAUGACAUAAAUGACAAUAUGCCCAUUUUCUCAAUGGCUCAAUAUAGAGUGAGUGUACCCGAGGAUGCACAACUGAACACAUUGAUCACGAAAGUGCACGCGAUGGAUAAGGAUUUCGGGGUAAAUAGACAAAUCAAAUACUCGCUAAUGGGUGAAAACCAUGAUUAUUUCAAAAUAUCAAAAUCGACUGGUAUCAUAAGGCUGCACAAAAGUCUCGAUCGUGAAACAAUUUCAUUGUUUAAUCUCACUGUGAAGGCGGAGGACUGUGGCGUUCCAAAACUACACUCCAUUGCAACAGUUGCUGUGAACAUAUUGGACAUUAAUGACAAUCCACCCGAGUUCAGUAUGCGUCAGUAUUCGUGCAAAAUUCUGGAAAACGCCACACACGGCACAGAAGUGUGCAAAGUUUAUGCCACUUCGAUAGAUAUUGGGGUAAAUGCGGAUAUUCACUACUUCAUAAUGAGUGGCAACGAGCAGGGGAAGUUCAAAAUGGAUUCCACGACGGGCGACUUGGUGCUAAAUGCAACCUUGGACUAUGAAAUGUCCAAGUUUUACUUCUUGACCAUUCAAGCAAUCGAUGGCGGCACUCCACCGCUUAGCAACAAUGCAUAUGUGAACAUCUCUAUUCUGGACAUUAAUGACAACAGUCCCACGUUUCUGCAAAACCUGUACCGCAUUAAUGUCAAUGAAGAUAUUUUCGUGGGCUCCAAGAUUCUGGACGUCAAAGCCACGGACGAAGAUUCAGAUGUAAAUGGUCUUGUAACUUACAACAUUGAAAGAGGCGACAAUAUAGGCCAGUUUUCAAUAGAUCCGAAAAACGGAACAAUUAGCGUUUCGAGGCCAUUAGAUCGUGAGACUAUUUCGCACUACACUCUUGAAAUUCAAGCCUGUGAUCAGGGAGAUCCUCAGAGAUGCAACAGUGUUCCAAUCAAUAUAAACAUUUUGGACACUAACGAUAAUGCACCCAUAUUUUCCAGCUCUAACUACAGUGUAGUACUUCAAGAAAACCGACUUCUGGGCUAUGUAUUCCUUACCUUCAAGAUAUCAGACGCAGACGAAACACCCAAUACCACGCCAUACACCUUCGAUAUUAGGUCUGGAAAUGAGGGUGGGCUUUUCCGGCUGGAGCAAGAUGGUUCCUUGAGAACGGCCUCGCGAUUUAAUCACAAUCUGCAGGACGAAUUCGUGAUUCAAGUUCGAGUUUUCGACAACGGCACACCUCCAUUAUAUUCCGAUGCCUGGGUGGUUGUGAAAAUAAUUGAAGAAAGCCAAUACCCGCCCAUUGUCACACCCCUAGAAGUAACCAUAAAUUCAUUCGAGGACGAUUUUUCGGGCGCAUUCAUUGGCAAAGUUCAUGCCUCGGAUCAGGACAAGUAUGAUGAAUUGAACUUUAGUUUGGUGUCCGGUCCCGAUGACAUGUAUCAGAGCUCGAAGCUGUUCAACAUUUCCAACAACACGGGAAAGAUCUAUGCCAUAUCCAACCUGGAUAUUGGUCUGUACAAGCUAAAUGUGUCCGUUUCGGAUGGUAAAUUUCAUGUGUUCUCCAUUGUCAAAAUCAACGUGGAACUGGUAACCAAUGAUAUGCUAAAAGAGUCGGUUGUCAUUCGAUUCAGAAGGAUUUCAGCAUCUGAGUUUCUGCUGAGUCACAGGAAAACCUUUAUGCGCUCCAUUCGCAAUAUAAUGCGAUGUCGCCAAAAGGAUGUAAUUCUCAUCACCCUUCAAUCGGAUUAUCAAAAAGCAUCACAACAUGCUGUGGGUAAUCGACGAGCCAGGUCCAUUGACUCCGAUUUGAACGUGGUGUUUGCAGUGCGAAAGCAGCAAAUAAUACCCGAUUCCGAUGAAUUCUUCACAAGUGAUGAAAUUCGGCAGACACUGAUAGACAAGAAGAACGAGAUUGAAAACGAAACCAACCUGGUGGUGGAGGAUGUACUACCAUCCACCUGUCAAAGCAACAAAAACGACUGCGUUCACGGGGAAUGCAAACAGAUAUUACAGAUCCUGAAGAACAACGUUACCACCACCUUUACGGAUGUGAUUAGUUUUGCUGCUCCAUCUUACAUUCCGGUGAAUACGUGUGUCUGUCGACCAGGAUUCGAUGGAAAGCACUGCAAAGAGACUGUGAAUGCCUGCUCCACGGAUCCAUGUUCCCCGCAGAGGAUCUGCAUGCCGUCUGGCUCGGCUUUGGGUUACCAAUGUGUGUGUCCCAAGGGAUUUUCAGGAACCUACUGCGAGCGGAAGUCUUCGAAGUGCAGCAAUGAGUCCUGUGACAUGGGUCUAUUCACUGCGGUGUCCUUUGGCGGAAAGAGCUAUGCCCACUACAAGAUCAACAAGGUGAAGGCGAAGUUCACGCUGGAAAACGGGUUUUCCUACUCCCUGCAGAUAAGAACUGUGCAACAAACUGGGACUCUGCUGUAUGCCAGCGGCAAGGUGGACUACAACAUCCUGGAGAUCAUAAACGGAGCUGUUCAGUACAGAUUCGAUUUGGGCUCGGGCGAGGGAGUCAUCAGUGUGUCCAGCAUUAACAUCUCUGACGGCGAGUGGCAUCAAAUCAGCCUAGAGCGGUCCCUCAAUAGUGCCAAAGUGAUGGUGGACAACAAGCACGUCUCCCAUGGCAGUGCUCCGGGUGUGAAUGGCAUCCUGAACAUCCAGUCGAACGAUAUCUUUGUAGGCGCCGAGGUUCGUCCGCAUCCAUCGAUAAUUGGCUACGAGGAUAUUCAGCGUGGCUUCAUCGGUUGCAUGGCAAACAUCAAAAUAGCCAAAGAGUCGCUGCCAUUGUACAUUUCCGGUGGGAGUACCAUUGCUGCCUUGAAACGUUUUACGAAUGUCGAGUUCAAGUGCGAUCCGUCGAAUGUUCUGGUGCGCCUGGGCAUUUGCGGAUCUCAGCCGUGUGCCAAUAGUGGAAUCUGCAAGGAACUCGAUACGGACGUGUUUGAAUGCGCCUGUCAGCCCCGAUAUUCCGGCAAGCAUUGCGAGAUUGAUUUGGACCCUUGCUCAUCGGGACCCUGCUUGUUUGGCGGCAGGUGCGACUACCACGGACCGAACAACUACAGCUGCACGUGUCCCAUCCACUUAUCCGGAAAGAGGUGUGAGUACGGCAAGUUCUGCACGCCGAACCCGUGCAAAAACGGUGGCAUUUGCGAGGAAGGCGAUGGAAUAUCGCACUGCAUGUGCCGCGGCUACACGGGACCCACUUGUGAGAUCGAUGUGGAUGAGUGCGAGAACCAGCCGUGCGGCAAUGGAGCGACCUGCAUCAAUGAACCCGGAAGUUUCCGUUGCAUUUGUCCAUCUUAUCUCACAGGAGCCAGCUGCGGCGAUCCCCUGUAUUCGAACUCUAUUUCUACAAAGCUGAAGAACUUUUCUAUAGAGCACAUUAGCGGGAUCAUUUCCGGCGUGGCCGUGGUACUGGUCAUCAUCAGUUGUGUCCUGUGUUGCGUGGUGUUGAAGAGGAGUUCCUCUUCAAAGCGAAGGAACCGACUAGAAAAGGACAAGAACAAGUCGUCGUACAAGGAGGCGAACUUGAACUCACUGGUGGACAAGGACAAUUACUGCAAACCAAACGUAAAGUUGAGUAACUUGGAGGUUAACCAGCGUCCAAUUAGCUACACAGCAGUUCCAAAUGACAACCUAGUCCUGAGCAAUAGGAAUUUUGUAAAUAACUUAGACAUCUUGCGUAGCUACGGUUCGGCCGGCGAUGAACUGGAAAAUGUGCCAUUCGAGUACCAGAAGGUUAAUCGAAACAAACAGCAUGUGAACAUAAACUCCUGCCAUUCAACCGAUGCAGAUAAUGCCUACAAACAAGAAUGGUGCGAGCAAAUGCAUUUAAGAACCUUCAGUGAAAAUAAACUGAACAAUGAACUUAAACGGGAUUUCGGACCAUCUGUGAGUCGCUUUUCAACUGGGAAACUAAUCCAAGUUGAAAUGCCCAACGUGUGCCACUCUUCCAGUGCGAAUUUCGUUGAUUAUUCAGCUCUUGCCAAUGGUCAGUAUCAUUGGGACUGUUCCGACUGGGUUCGCAAAAGCCAUAAUCCCUUGCCAGAUAUAACCGAAGUUCCUGGAGCAGAAAUAGCUGAUUCGUCGAGCUUACACAGCAACGAUAGCAACGAGUCCAAGUCGAAGAAAGCCUUUUUCGUGCACAGGGAAGACGGAGAUGUUGAUCCGACGAGGGAUAUAGCCGCGUUGAAUGAGGAUAUCGGAUCGGAGUAUUUGGACUCGGAGGCAGAGAGCUGCUUGGAGCCGUUUAUGUUGCCAAGAUCAAGUAAUCAGCCACUUUCAAGACUGAGUUCUUUUAAUAAUAUCGAGAAUGAAGACUAUAAAUCAAAUACAGGCAAAGUAUAUUUAAGACAUCCUGAUUCGUAUUUACCGACGAUGCAUUUUCCAAGUGAGACCGAUGGGGAAAGCUCUAUGACCGAGGGGCCGAUUUCUAGGAUGGAAAUAAAAACCAGGAGGACGAUAAGUGAAAAUUCAGAGGAGGCAUACCUAUUUCCAUGCACUGUCGGAGAAAUUGGAUCCAACAGCAACAUUUCGGUUCGACUGUGUGAAAUUGAAGAUUCUGAGUUGGAGGAGUUUUUACCACAACAACAAACAAACAAUUAAAUGACAUGCUUAAUAUAUAAGAACUACAUUUUACACAAAUUAUUUCAUUUCGUUAGAUACUAUUUUCCAUAGGAAAACUUUGGUUAUAUAUUUUCAAUAAAAAAGACACAAAGAACAUCUGC